UGCCUGUUACUGCACACAGGAGGAAGGAGAGAGGGGGACGGGAGAAGCAUGUUCUAGCAAGCUGAGAGACAAGGCCGUCAAAUUGCAUAGAGAGUGUGAGGACAAGCUACACAACUCAAAGAAGACAUCUCAGAACUCAACUCUCCCACCAAAAGAACCUUCCUACAGGACCUUAGCAGGAUUUCCACCUCCUUAGUUGUGAUGCAGGUCUGAACUUUGUGUAAUUUUUAUUUUAUUUUUUGUUUUGUUUAGUUCCUCACGCUAUGUUUUGGUCAACCAGUUGCUGGAGAACAUCAGCUUGUCUUUGAACAUGGACUUGUCUUUAUGGAUGGGCACACUUUGAGAGUAUUUAGGUAAUGAUCUCAGAGCACUUGAACAAAGCCUUGAUAUAGAUUGGUCCAGGACGUGAGUGACCAUACGGAAAUCCUGAAGGUUUGAAAGAAGCUAACAAGAACCCCCUUUCAAAACCGAGAACAUGAAAGUACACUUGAUGCUUUUGUUGCUGGAUCUUCUUCAUGUGGCCAUGUCAAUGUCAACGUGCAAGGCGGUGGAUAUGGAAGAGGUGAGAAAAAGAAGAAUUGAAGCCAUUAGAGGACAAAUUCUUAGUAAAUUAAUGCUUACUGAACCUCCAGAUGUAGAGAGUGAGGAGAUGUCUAUCCCAGAGGAGAUCCUCUCUGCUUACAAUAGUACCAUGGAGGCAAUUAAAGAAAAAACUGAAAAAGAGAGGCCUGUUGUAGAGGGAUAUUACUCCGAACAAGUGAAGAAGAUUGAAAUGAUCAAACUAAAUGAGAAUGAAGAUGAAUCUCAAAGAAGUUACGAAAAUGAACAUGUCUUCCCAUUCAAUGCAUCUCUUGCAAGGGAGCUUGUGGAAAGCCCAGACCAGCUACACAACGCAGAACUGCGCAUAUUUCGGAAAGAAGAUCAAAAUAAGGAUCACCAAAAAGAGAUCAGGCUGGAGCUGUACAGGGUAGAAAGCAACACGUCCUCUCGAUUCCUGGACAGUAGGUUUGUCUUUCCUGGAAGGCAGGGAGAGUGGAUGUCAUUCGAUGUCACUGAUACAGUAAAAUGGUGGCUGACCCGACAAGCCAGCAGCGAGAACUUCACAUUAAAAGAGCCGUGUUCCUGUACUAGCCAGGGAAAUAGGAUACAGGUGCAAAUAGGGGGUUUUUCUGACACACGAGGCGACAUGCAAGUUCUCAGCAAUGAUGGGAAAUACAAUCCAUAUUUACUAAUCACAUACACCCCCAAGGGUCGGAUUGAGGAAGGACACAGCAGCCGCAGAAAGCGAGGAGUGGACGAGGAAUACUGUCGCACGAAUACGGGAAAAAACUGCUGUGUGAAGCCUCUCUACAUUAACUUCCGUAAGGACCUCGGAUGGAAGUGGAUUCAUGAACCAAAAGGCUAUGAAGCUAAUUAUUGCCUAGGGAACUGUCCCUUUAUCUGGAGCAUGGACAAGCAGUACAGUAGGGUCCUGUCCCUCUAUAACCAGAACAAUCCAGGAGCAUCCAUCUCCCCAUGCUGUGUGCCAGAUGUCUUGGAUCCUCUCCCUAUCAUCUACUACGUUGGUCGAACACCAAAAGUGGAGAAACUGUCAAACAUGGUGGUACGGUCUUGUCAAUGCAGCUGAGACUUAAUAUUAGAGGUCAUAGGUUAAGGAAACAACAUGGUACUGGACUCUCCCACAACAUACUUUAAUCAGAAUGACCUGUGGUCAACACUUGCCCUCACCCUUCUCUCCUCUACAUUUGAACCUGAAGUCUGAGGUCACCAGUGAGGUUCUUCCUGGAUGUCCAAAAUCAGUAAAGACUCUUCUUUUACACAGAGCUCUAUAUCAAUGGUUCCAGUGCUCCAGUGAUAGUCCACCACCACCGUCAUCCCAUAUAUGAGAGAGAACAAUGAUCUGCCUCCCAACACUCAGCAGGACUUGCCAUGCUUGAAGAACAGACCCUCAUGCAUUUCAUGUGGUAUCAACCAGAAAGUCAAUUAGCACAAGAUGGUGGAUUGUACCACAACACAUAUAUUCAAUGCAGACUUUCAUUCAGCUUGGUGCUUUUCGAACCCAUCACAAUAACAUUUGCAGCUCAUCACCAGCCUUCACAUGUCGUGUGGUAUCUGGAAACAGGACCUCUCUAGCGCUGCUGACCCUGUAGUUAUCAGUAGACGUCCCUUCUUCCCCUUCAUAUCUAUAUAUUUACACAUUUUUUUACAUGAAAUAACAAUGCCAUAUUCAAUGCUGUUGUAUGCAUAGAGUGCUACAGGUACAGUAAGUCCGGCCUUAACCAGUAUACAAGACUUGACACCUGGGAUACAGAAGAAAGUAAGUCUAAUAUAGGAGCAGAUCUUUGGUCUUCUUCCACAGUAACCAUAAGCAGGGUUGACUGCUCAAUCCAAAAAUCUCUUGUUCCUUCUCAGGUAACGGGAACCUCUCAAGUUGCGUUCAGUUAUGGUCCGUGGUGGCCCCAAUAUUUGCCUUUUUUCUCAUUUGCAAUCAUUUGGUAAUGUGGCAGCUCCAGGAGCCACUGGAUUGUUACAAGAUUAUUGGUGGUGUUAGCGUUCCCUGAACGACUUAAAAAAAGAUGGCUACUUUGGCUUGUCCAUAACAUUAAGUCAAUCACAGGGCAUACUGCUGAGACCCCAAGUGAUAGGCCAACAUCUGUUCAUUUUUGGCUUUGUUUUCUUGCAGCAACCCUGCAGGUGAAAUGCAGCCAUUGAAAUGAGUGGACUCUGUGUGCUUGGAUAUGCUUGUUCCUCCAGAGUAAGAAGCUCCUUAUAGCUAUUUUCAUGGCUGGUUAAACCCCUUAUGGUGUGAGGCACAUCUUCAUCCUGAGAGGGCCCAAAGGUUCCUCUGCCACAGAACAAGACACUAGUAUUCUAAAUGGCAUAUGGUGGUGAGGGUCCCCGUUACAGCCUUCUUAUUGGGGCCUAAGAGCUUUGAGUUAUGCCUCUGCCAUUCACUAGCUAUGGAGGACCAAUAAGCCUAAAAUACAAGGUGUCUCGCGGAACAGAACAGCUAAUCACAAUCACAAAUAUCCAAACAGAGGUUUCCUGAAGUGGAAGCGCCAGCAGACUUCCUGCCGUUGAAGAACACAGCAUGGGCCCAUUGAUAUUGUCAAAAACGUCUACACAGAACACAGUGGAAAGCUGUUCGUAGCCCGUUAUAUUGUCUAUACGUGCCUCGGAUUGUAUUUUAUAUCAUGUGGUUAGGUAGUGAUAAAAGAAGGGGGGGCGUGACUGAAAAUGGGCAUGCGCCAUCACACAACUUUUUUUGGUCCAUCAUUCAUUCCGAUAAAUAAACUCUUGACAUGAAUUAUGGGCAUGAAUUCGAAACUACUGAUCUGAAGUGACUUCAUGCCCACUAUGGAGUGGGCAGGUCCUUAUAUGAGUCAGCUGGCCUUUAAAGAUGACCUAUCACCUCUCCUAUCAUGCCUAAAUACUAUUCUCCUCCAUGUAAUAAAGUUUCUGGAGCAUCUCAUCAUAUAGAUCUAUGUUGUUCCAU